UAGGGCUGUGGCUGUGCUUGCAUUUGGCUUAUAAAAAAAUAAAAUCUUGUUAAAUUCUGUCCAAGAUGGUUUACAUACAUUUUCCUUCGAAUUUAACAGAAGAAGAGUUGAUGCUUCAAGCAAAGUAUGCUAAAUUGAAGAAAAAGAAAAAAGCACUGCAAGCCCUAAAAGCGCCGAAACAGGAACCGGAGAAGAACCUCAUACCGAAGCGGCCUACUGAUGCCCGUGAUGCUCGAGAAGUCGCCCGUAAGCUACUAAAAAGUGGUGCCAUUCAAGCUAUACAGAAACCACAACAAAAACAAGAAACAUCGUUUAAGCGUCCUAAAGGCCAAGAACGAAAACGUUCACAGCAGGAAUCUAGUCCGGGAGCUCAGUAUCAAUCAUUCUCGUCGGUGGAAACCCCAUCGCCAAAUCCAGCUACUUCUGCUGGCGUUGCUGCUGCUACUGCAGCUGCCAGUCCGGAUGCACCGGCUGUGGCUCCACCUGCAGCUUCUUCGGCUGCAUCGGUUCCAUCAGUGGCGACCGCGUUGACACCAGCUCCGGAAAAAGAACCGAGAGUGCCAAAUCUCUACCAGCAGUUCGCUAACGAACGGGACAAAGAAGAGCAAGCCAAGGCCGGUGAUUCUCCUCGGGAUAGGCCUCGUUCAGGCAAUACCGUAUAUGUUUCCGGCAAUAAAGUAACGGAGGAUUUCCUAAAGAAGCACUUCAGCGAAUUCGGUGAAAUUUUAAAUAUUUCAAUGGAAAUUGAAAAAGGAAGAGGAUUUAUCACAUUCUCGAAAACAGAAUCGGCCGAUCGAGCUAUCGGCGAGUUGCACAGUAAAUCCGUUGGCGGAAUACAGCUGCAGGUGCAAUUGGCUAGACGGCAGCCGCAGAUUAAUCCUAUCAAUGACGCAGCUACCAACCGUUCUCAGAAAGGGAAACACAAGGACAACCGGGAACUUGUGUGUUACGAUCAUGAUGACAUGUUUUGAGAAUCGGAGUGAAGAAUACGCUUUAUUUAAGGGUAUGUAAAUGAUAAAGGUAACGUUAUGUUAACUUGAAAGACUGGUUGCAGAAUGAAUUAAGAAAAAUAAAUAUGAAUAAUAAAAGUAUAAACUGCACUCGAAAUUGCACCACAGCUCGUUAUCUUAAUAAAA